AUGUCAUUUUUUCAGGUGUGCGUGUACAGUGCCUUUGCUGCUCUCGAUGGAUAUAGCUCCCAGCAAGACCCUGACCAAUUCCACAUACAAACAGAUGAAGAUGACGAACGAUAUUUCCUUUACCAGACUCAUAAUGGACAGUAUCGCAAGGAAAGAAGGCUGAAGGACGGAUCUGUUGUUGGAACUACUGGUUGGGUCGGAGCUGAUGGAUAUUUGAGACUUCAAGAUUAUAUAGCUGACGAUCAAGGAUAUAGAAUUUAUAAAUCUAAAACGGUUUACGUGGGAGAAAAUCGUUCGAUUGGAGAGUCUCUAAAAAUAGCUAAAACAGCACCAACAGACUCCGGAUUUCAUAUCACUCCAGCCCCGGCACCAAAUCCUCAUCGAGGAACACCAUUAUUUACCACCACAACUGUAGCACCUUCUAUCGUUUCUUCGACAUUAAAUCCUCAGAAUAUUUACCCAUCAGAAAUUACCAUAACACCGUCGACUCCUACCUAUCCAAGUUCGACUUUUAUUCCUAAAGUAGAAGUAUCUCCAAACUCCAUAGAUUCUACUUCUAAAUUUAACCCAAAACCGACAGUUCCACCUAUUACUGCAGAAGACGCUUCUCCCUCGCCAAAUCCAUAUGACUAUGAUAUAACUAAUACAAACACUCUCGAUGGAUACUAUGGUAGUGAUAGCUCCCCUAGAGGUCGUUUUGAUUUAUACAACCCUAACUCCUACAGACAUGCUGAUGAUUGGACUAGAAGGCAGCGUCCUGGGAUUCAUUUGGGAGAUGGUUAUACUCCACAAUUUUCGGGAUAUGAUGGGGUAGCUUUUCGAAGGAACGGUUUUAGAUAUUAUCUUCCAAAACAAUAUCACGAGGAAGAAUCCCAUGACGAUAAUGAGAGAGCCGGUAGUUUUGGUUAUAUUGAUCCAUUUGGAAUUCGCAGAGUAAUAUAUUAUAACACAGCUCCUGGUCAAGGAUUCCAAAUUAGGAAAAAUAACAGAUAUGUUGGACAUGAUGCGACCCCGUACGAUCCCCGUCCUGUGAAAUGA